UUUUCCUCCCUUGCUUCUCAUGUUGUACACUUGUAAACCGACCACACAAAAUCUCCAAUCCAAACACAGCAUUGUCCGGUAAAAUGGAUUUACAUGCAUUCCGCUUAUCACAAUCACAUCCAUUCAUGCUCAGCACCCACCGUUACAGUUACAACGCUCCCUCUCUCUGCACCCUUCGUUCCCUCUCCGCGAACCCUCGCAGGUGGUUCACGGUGGAAGCCGGCAAGAAGACCAAGGCCUUCGACGAGGCGGCGUUCGAGGCGGAGCGGCUGGCUCUCGACGCGGAGGCCCGGCGGGCCACGGCUGAGGCCGCAGACCCGAAGGCCUGGAAAUGGGUUAUCCGAAAGAGGAUAUGGGACACGAUGGAAGCACGCAACUUCGCCAACAACCCCCGACCCGUUCACCACCGCAUUCCCAAUUUCGUUGGCGCUUCUGUCGCCGCUCAGAAGAUGAGGGAGCUAGACGUGUUUCAGGUUGCACAAUGUGUGAAGGUUAAUCCAGAUUCUCCGCAGAAACAAGUCAGGUUUCUCACGCUUUCAGAUGGCAAGAAGUUGUUGACUCCUCAACCUCGGCUGAGAACUGGUUUCUUCUCCGUACUAGAAUCCAAUAUGUUAACUUUGGGUACCAUCAAUGAAGCCUGCACCUCUGUUGGGGUUGCCAAGUAUGGACGGCCAAUUGGGUUAGAUGAAAAGAUAAAGGUAGAUCUUAUCGUUAUUGGAUCUGUUGCUGUUGACCCAAGAACAGGUGCUCGAUUGGGAAAGGGAGAGGGAUUUGCAGAACUUGAAUACGGUAUGCUGCGGUACAUGGGAGCCAUUGACGAUUCAACACCAGUUGUUACCUCUGUGCAUGACUGUCAAUUGGUGGAUGAUAUUCCAAUUGAAAAGCUGUUAAUCCAUGAUGUACCAGUGGAUAUAAUUUGUACCCCAACACAGGUCAUUUUCACAAAUACAUCUAUUCCAAAGCCUCAAGGAAUUUAUUGGGACAAGUUGUCCCCUGAGAAGCUGGGACAAAUUCGUAUACUGAGGGAGCUCAAGAAGAGGAUUGAACAAGAGACUGGACAGAAGCUUCCAACUGGUCCAUCAGAGAAAUUACCCCCUACUGCUCAACGAAGUAGAAGGGGAUGAUUGUGUACAUGUAAGUUUUGAUGGAUUUGUAUAUAUAAUAGAGGUGUUUAACGACGAGUAAUGUACUAAGAAAACAAAAUGUUUAAUUUUAUUAUAUUAUAUGUGUAUAUAUGUUGAAAGAGAAUAG